CGAUUGUCCUUUGCGAGAUCAGGUGCCAUGGAGGGAGUACUGCUUUUCCGGAAGAGUCGAGGCGGGGCUCUCACGCCAUCAAAAAAUGAGCUUUAUAUUUUCUCUGUAUUCGGGUCAAAAAGGAAAUUUGGACUUUUGAGAAAUGACUUUUGAAAAAUGAACUCUGCAUAAUGAUUGUUGAAAAUGAAUCCAGUUUCUGUAUUUGAUUCAAAGUUAAGGAAAAAAAACAGUUUCUCUGUAAAAUUUCUAACACAGAUUCAUUAGUUGCUGGAUUCUAGUGGUAAAUGUUUCCUCACAUAGAAGAUUAUGGAUCACUGGGCGAGUCAACAGAUUCGAGUUGCAAAACAAGAUCAUUUUUGCCACCUAAAAACAACGGAUAUUCCACCAAAGUAUUGUGAUGACAAUGUACCUCUUGAUGUGAUGGACGCCCCAUCAAAUUCGGAAUGUCCUAAUCCUGCUCCUACUUUGGACUCCCCAGGUGAUCACGACUCUAAUGCUGCGAUCAAGUUCCUUAACCAGAUUCUACUGGAGGAUAACUUGGAUGAGAAUGAUCACAUGUCCUAUGAUCCCAUUGCUCUUAGGGCUACUGAGAAUUCCUUUUAUGAAGCCCUGCAUCAGAACCCUUCAUCCCGUAAUCAAGAACCUCUACGUUUUAACAAUAAUUCUGAAAGGUUGCGAUGCACAUUUGGGAGCUCAGGCGAUUGUAACACAACUUUUGGCACUGACCAGUCGAUUGGCGAUCUUGAAGAACCAAAAUCAUCUCUGGCAAGUGAUCCUUCCAAAUUAUCUUUUGAAUCAUCAGCUUUGACUAGCUUGGAUAAUUUUAGCACCGAUUUCACUAUAAGAAAGAAGCAUAACCUUCCAGAUAAAAGUGGGUUAGAAGAAGAAAGGAGCAGCAAAUAUUCUGCAGUCUAUGAGGAGGAGGAGGAGGAGGAGGAGAUAGAAUUGUCCGAGAUGUUUGAUAAGGUUUUGAUAUGUGCUGAUAAUAUCAUAACUGAUCGGUUUCCAUCUGCAGUUGGCGGCAAGGGAACACAACAGAAUGUACGACGUGGCAGGAAGAGUUGUUCAAUGAAAAAAAGAGAUAAUAGUGAGGUUGUAGAUCUGGAGACACUUUUAUUCGGCCGUGCACGGUCUAUUGCUGCAUUUGAUCAUGGGUCUGCAUUCGAAAAAUUGAAGAUGAUCAGGAAGCACUCAUCACCUACUGGUGAUGCCAGUCACAGAAUGGCUCAUGCAUUUGCAAAUGCUCUGGAGGCACGGCUUAACGGAACAGGCGCGCAACUCUCUGAGGCCUUAGCUCCAAAUAAGAUGGCAGCUACUGGGCUAUUAAAAUCCUUCCUGAUAUCAUGGCCAAUCUCAAGAAUAUCAUUACUCCUGGCUAACAAAAUGAUUCUUGAAGUAGCUUCAAAAGGUACAUCACUGCAUGUCAUAGAUUUUGGAAUUUUUUAUGGUAUCCAGUGGCCCACUCUUAUCCGCGAUCUUUCACAAAGACCGGCUGGCCCUCCUAAACUCCGAAUAACUGGAAUUGAAUAUCCUCUGCGUGGUUUUCGCCCAGAGCAAAUGGUAGUAGAGACUGGCUGCCGCUUGGCAAAGUAUUGUGAACAAUUUUGUGUUCCAUUUGAGUACAAUGCCAUAACUUCAAAGUGUUGGGAGAAAAUCAAAAUUGAUGAUUUGAAGCUUGUGAGGGGUGAGGUGGUUGCUGUUAACUGUGUGUUUCGACUGAAAAACCUAAUGGAUGAGACAGUUGGGGAUGACAACCCCAGGGAUGCAGUUCUGAAAUUAAUCCGGGAAAUAACGCCACAUGUUUUUGUGCCAAAUGUGCUUAGUGGAUCUCGCAGCUGUCCUUUGUUUCUGUCUCGGUUCCGAGAAGCUUUUUUAUUCUACUCUAAUUAUUUUGAUAUGUUUGAUGCUACUUUACCACACGGUUGUAGCAGCAGAUUGAGGUUUGAGCAAGAAUUCCUGGGGCGCGAAAUAAUGAAUACCAUUGCAUGUGAGGGAAUGGAAAGAGUAGAGAGGCCAGAAACAUACAAGCAGUGGCAUUUGCGCAUUACGAAAGCUGGGUUCAAGCCUAUGCCCAUGAACCCGGAUCUUGUGAAGAAGUUAAGAGGCAAGGUGAAGGCGGGGUAUCACAAAGAUUUUGUGUUUGAUGAAGAUGGCCAUUGGGUACUGCAAGGAUGGAAAGGUCGGACUCUUUGCGGUGUUUCUUGUUGGGUGCCCCGAAGAGGAACUACUUAACAUCUUUUAAGGUAUGCUGCUUCCGUGUUUCUGUUUACUUAGAGAUAGAGAGACCAGUUUCAUACCAAUAUGUAUGUGUUUGUCUAGCUGCAGCCAUUCUCUACUAAAUUUGCCUGCCCUGAGUCAUUUAAUUAUGGGAAUGCACAUUAUCUCUGUUUUUGUUGCUCUCUAAUUUGAAAACUCGUUGAUGGAUGAUUCCAAAUAUCUUGCCGGAAAAGGUUUGGGGUUAUGUCUUCUUGAAGCAGAACAGAUUUGGGA